GUUGUCGUGGAGAGGGACGCGGAGGCGCGCCACUGCGGGUGGGGCGAGCGGUGGUCGCGGAGUAGAGACCCCUGGUUCGGCCGUCGCCUGGGCGGGCCCCAACGGAGUCCUGUCUCGCCUCCUCGCCGGGCGAGCCGUCCCAAAGUCGCGGCGGACCGCGCCGGCAUGUCUGGCGAGGCGAGUGCGCCCGGGGCCUCCCCCAGGGCCCCGCGUCCCGGGACCCAGAAGUCGUCCAGCUCAGUGACCAAGAAGGGGGAUCGCGGGGCCAAGGAGAAGCCGGCCACCGUCCUGCAGCCGGUGGGCGAGGAGGAGCCCAAGAACCCUGAGGAGUACCAGUGCACGGGGGUCCUCGAGACGGAUUUCGCCGAGCUCUGCACGCGCUCCGGCUACACUGACUUCCCCAAAGUUGUCCCCCGGCCUCGCCCGCACCCGGCCUUCGUCCCCUCGGCCUCGAUGUCGGAAAAGCCCACCUUAGAUGAUCAGCGCCUGUCGGGGUCCUGCAGCCUCAACAGUCUGGAGAGCAAAUACGUGUUCUUCCGGCCCACCAUCCAGGUGGAGCUGGAGCCCGAGGACAAGUCGGUGAAGGAAAUCUACAUCCGUGGUUGGAAGGUCGAGGAGCGGAUCUUGGGUGUCUUCUCUAAAUGUCUGCCUCCGCUCAGCCAGCUGCAGGCCAUCAACUUGUGGAAGGUGGGGCUGACCGAUAAGACCCUGACCACCUUCAUUGCCCUCCUGCCUCUCUGCACAUCCACACUCAGGAAGGUGUCUCUGGAGGGCAACCCGCUGCCUGAGCAGUCCUAUCACAAGCUCAUGGCGUUGGACAGCACCAUCUCACACUUGUCCCUGCGGAACAACGACAUCGAUGACCACGGGGCGCAGCUGCUGGGCCAGGCUCUGUCCACGCUGCACAGCUGCAACCGGACCCUGGUCUCACUCAACCUGGGCUUCAACCACAUCGGGGACGCGGGUGCUGGCUACAUCGCGGAUGGCCUCCGGCUGAACCGCGCCCUGCUCUGGCUGUCGCUGGCGCACAACCGCAUCAAGGACCAGGGCGCCCUGAAGCUGGCCGAGGUCCUGCGCCCCUUCGAGCUGACACACACUGAGGUGGUGGAGCGCCGCCGCCUCCUGCUGGAGAAGGGGUCUCAGGAGCGCUCACGAUCGCCCUCCUCCUCCCGACACGGGGACUGCAAAGCAGAGCGCGAGAAGAACCCCCUGAUGGGGGUCAGCAAUGCUGCACUGGCCGAAAGGUCAGACAGGGACAGGAUGCCCACAGCGAAGACCCCGAGGGGCCUGGGCAAGAAGAAGGAGAAGUCAGGGGACGGGGUGAAGAAAGAGGAGAAGUCAGGGUCAGGGCAGUCACCCACACAGGGAACUCCCAAGAAAGAAGACGCCACCAAGGCGGGCAAGGGGAAGGUCACCAUCCCCGAGCAGAAGCCGAGCAAGGGAAAGGGGCCUAAGACCGGGAACAAAGAGAAGCGCAGCUUCCUGCUGGAGUCCGAGCAGCUGGUUGCCGAGCCUUCAGAGGUGGUUAGCCCUCUCCUGGAGCCUGUGGAGCACCGAGAGGGGAAAGUGUUCAUGCCCGGGAACAAGGUCCUUUUGCACCUCAACCUCAUCCGAAACCGCAUCACCGAGGUGGGGCUGGAGGGCUUCCUGGCCACCGUGCAGCACCAGGCCCAGUUCUCCAAGUCCAAGAGCGCGGCCAAGGGCCCCGUGGGGCUGCUGUGCCUGUCACUGGCGAAAAACUGCUUCUCCCCGCAAUGUCCCACGUACACCAUGAUCCAGGAGCUGAUGCUGCCAAGGGACCCCAUCAGUAAGGCCAAGCCCAGGGAGGAGGAAACCACGGCUUCCUCCACCUAGCCCCCUUCCCCUUCUUCCACAGCAGCUCUGCUCCCGGUGUGCUGGGCUGGCCUCCCUGGGGGAGAGCUCCAGUCGUUAACAAACUCUGUCAUCACUGUACUUUCUUUUCCCCUUGUGGUUGUCUGAAAGCUGUUUGAGAACGACACGGAACGUUUGGACUGAGUCUGUUCAUGUCACGUGGCCCGAAAUGGCUGGAGGGCUUCGCAGCUCUGCUGGGGAUGCAAUUGGGCCCUCCAGCCGGGGCAGCCGCGGGCGGGGCACGACGCUCCCGCCUCUUCCCUGCCUCCUCGGUCGUGCUUUGGCUCUCUGCCUGAGCUCCCUGUAGGACAGGGGACGCGUCAGGGUCCGCGUUCAGCCUUUGCUCUCAGAGGCCGGCGGCGGGAAGACUGGGAUUGUAAGCCACCCGCACAGGCCCAGCAGAGGGGGUGCAGGUGGGGCGGACGGGCGGGGCUCGGGCUCCACCACGCCGGGCCCCCGCCUCUUCUGUGUCUGCCUGUUGGGCCCAGGCAUCUGGUCACUUUGGAGGAGACGGGGACUCAGCUAAGGAAUGCAGAGUUGGCAGGCUACUUCAGAGAGGGGAGAGGGUGCGAAGUCUCUCCGCAUUAGCGGAGUGAAGGCCAAGCACCACGAAGCCCAAUACCUUCGCCCCAGAUGUUGGCAGUUUGAACCCAGCCCUGGCGGCAGGUGGGCCGGAGGAGCCUGGCGAGCGGGGGGCCUCCCCUGAGACACCUAUGGAUGGGGCCCAGGGAGUACGGGGCUGGCCUCUGGAGAAUUUCCAGAAGCGUCCCUUCUGUCUUGGCAUACCCCCUGGGCCCAUGGAUAUCCGCUCUCCUUGCCCCAAACUCCCGCUCUGCAGGGCUCUGCGGGGCUCAGGCCUCUGUGCCUCUGGGCACCGGGCUGCUGAGGAAUGCGCGUCGCCCGCCCCCCCCCCCCCCCCCAGCACACUGCAGGCCUCUGGGGGGAGUGCCCGUGACUCUAGGCCCAUGGCACGUGCUAGGUCUGGGAGGGAGCACAAGACAGAGCCGAAGGGAGUCUGUCCCCUGGUCCAUCGAUGAAGGCAGAGAGGCAGGAGGUCUGGGGGACGCGGCUUCCGGGGGAGCUGUCAGGGCUGGUGCGACAGAGUGGAGGAUGGGACCGGUAAGGGCCGGCCAGGCCUUUGACACGGCCCUCCCUGUUUUGUCUUUAAAGUUCUGGGGCUCAUGGAAGGCAGCUGCUGAGGUCCCCCGACUCGGGGUCCACUGCCUGUUUCGAUGCCAUGGGUUCUGUGUCUCUUCCUGCUUUGGCCAUGGGGCCGUGUAACUUAGUCUGCCCGACGGCGGCUCAGUGAGCACACGUCACGUGUCGGGAGCUCCGGGGGGCGUCUCUGGCCACAGUGGGGCCCGGGGGCUUGAUGUCAGGGGUGGGGGCUGCCUUCUGU